AUGGGCUCACCCACCCCCGAUCCCGGCACCCAGAUCGCCGGAAGCAGCAGCAGCAGCAGCACCACCACCAGGCGACCAUUGGGCAGAGCUCAACCAAGGGGGCCACGAGGAUCACUGCCUUUGGUCCAUACCGACGCCGGUGGUCCAGCAGUCGAUGUGAUUGACGAGGACGACACAUGUCCCAUCUGCCAGCUGCUCCUGCACAGCCCGGUCACGACGACUUGCGGCCACACGCUGUGCUAUUCCCGCAUGGCGACCUGGGCUUCCGUCUCCACCGAGGCCCCGAUGGUUAUAUUGGACGUAGACGACGAACCGGAGCCUUUCAAUCCGGUUUCUGAGCUUGAAGCUCGUUGUCCCAUGUGUCGGACCUCCACCGUCGCAGUGGCAGAUAUCCAGCGUGCCGAGACCCUGAAAGCAGAUUACCCCCUGGCCUGCGCUGAACGUGCCUCGGAGGACCAACCUCCGAGCGCCGACGGCCAUGGUGAAGAGGCCAUACAGACUAUGACUGUUUGUAUCGGUAACAAACAACAGAUCGUCACACCGAAGGGUGACAGGGACGUGACCUGA